AUGUUGUACGCUUUUUACAAAUCCAUCUUACACUUUGGAGCACGUCCUUCAGCAUGUCAGAUUCUACGGCAACGAUCAUUCCACGCCGUGUCAAGGGUACAACAAGUGCCACCUGGCACCAACCAGAAACGGAUACGCAACGCCAUGCCUUUCUUUGACGCCGAUCGUUUUGCUCGUUUAUUGGAACGUGAGGGAUUCUCAAGUGGACAAGCACGUGCAGUCAUCAAUUCAUUGGAUGAUGUGGUUGAUGAAAGUACCACCAUUGUCACUGCUGAUCUCGUGAGCAAAGCAGACCAAGAACGAACAAUCAAACAAUACAAAGAGGACUUUGCUCGACUCAAGAAUGAAAUACAGCAAAUGGAAGGACGUGAUGUAGCCGAGGUCAAAACAGCCAACGAGCGAUUGAAAUCAGAGAUUGAAAAGUUACGCAAACAAUUACAAGAAGAGAUCACUCGUAGCCAAGCUGGAGUCCGGCUAGACUUGAACUUGGAGAAGGGUCGUAUCCGUGAUGAGACAAUUGAACAGCAUGAGAGGUUAAGGAAGACGGAUGACAAGAUUGAAAAUGAAAUCCAAACACUUCGGCGACAAAUGGAAGGCAUCAAGCUGCAAAUUCUGCAAUACAUGAUCGGUACCAUCACUGCCGCAGGCACCCUCGUUCUCACAUACAUCCACUUUUUCUGA